ACAUUAUCUGGGAUCAAUGCACAAACAGUGCUGGAGGGACUCAGCAGGUCGGUCAGGCAGCCUCCAGGGAGGGAGAGGACCCAGACCCUUCACCUGGACUGGGACGUGGCGUUUGUGGGAGCUCGCCGUGCACAAACUGGCGAAAGCAACCCACUGCUACCGUCACAACAGUGGCAGCACUUUGGCAAACGUCUUCCUGGAGCUGCCGACUUCACAACUUACAUCAGCGGCAGGUUGUCCGAGCUUUGCGCGGCUUCUCCCGACCGUGGCGCCGCCGGCCCGACCCAGCCCGGCCCGGCCCAGCCCGGCCCGGGAGUGACGCACUUCCUGGAGACGGCGGCGGGCGCGGGAAUUUGAAGCCGGGAGCGGGCACCCCGCAGGGUGGCGGGCACCGAGAACCCGGCCUCGGGCUUAGCCCUAGCCCGGGAGCAGAAUGACUUGCUUACCACAGAACAACCUCCAGAAACAGCUGGAGCUACACUCAGAGAAAGGAGUCCAAAAUAAACUUUCACUGGGGAAAAGCAAACAAGGGGCAUUCACGUUCAAGAAGGUUCCUCCAGGCACCGUUGGAACUCCCAGUCUGCAGAGAUUAACCUGUACUGGUGCUCUGAAAGACAGGGAUGUGAAUGUUUUCAAGCAAGCAACCCUGAAUAAACUUGAAUUGACUCCACACUCACCAAAACCUAGUGAUAAGCUGCUCAAAGUCAAUAAUCUUCUUGAACAUGCUGCCAAGCAAUUGGAUUCAACACCACAAUUUGCUGCUCCUUUGGUUGGAUCACCAUCUCUGAGGCAAACUGCAACAGCUGGCCCUAUUUCCAAGAAGCUUGAUCCAGAUCAGUCAUUUGGCUCCAUUAUCAGCCUGGAGGACUGGGAUGAUCUGGAUGACUUUGAAACCCCGAAGAAAGAAAAAAGUGGUUUGAAACUGAGUUCGUCUUCUGGCACUGAGCUGCCAGCACAUGAACCUAAUAAAGUGAAGCGUUUAAACACAAGUGGAUUUACUUCGUCCAAAGCCCUAAGUGGAGGUGAUUUUAAUGUGAAGCAUGUCAAUGGGGAACAGAAUGUGACUUCUCUGGCCAAGAGCAGUACAACUGUCCAAUCUCCAAGUCAAUGCUGUACAAAGUCAAAUCAAGUUAACGACCUUGAAAUUUGCCUGGUCAGUUCACAGGAUGUUCCCCACUGUGAGGGUGAAGAUUCCAUUAGGUCUUUUGCUCUAGAGAAGAAAAGUUCUUCAGUUCCAAGCAUCAUCUUGAGUGAUGAUGACUCAGUUGGCAAUGGGAAGGAGGAUGCAGAAGUAAAAAUUGACCUUACAGAUGCUGACAGCCUUCUGAGCAGCCAGCCACAACUUGAUACCAUCUACACAGAGAGUGGAAACGUAGAUCACCUGGAGAGUGAGGAUUGUGAAGUUGAUUGUAUUCCACCAUCCCCUGAAAGUGAUCAGACGUCUUUGCCAUACUUCUUCAAGUGUCUCAGUGAUUCAGCAGAAACUGUGUGUUCUCGAGAGCGAUUUGUCUCCCCAACAAAUCCACAGCCACAAGGUGAGGAUCCUACCAAAGGACCAUCAAACAAUAGAGUGGCUAAAGGUAGUUCAAUGGGGUACAGCGACCAACUGAUCCAAGUAAUGGAAGAUAUCUGUACCUUGGUUGACCAGAUCCCAGUGAGUGAACUGCAGGUUUUGUCUUGUGCAAGCCAGCUGCUUCAGCAGAGAGAGUUCCGGAAGAAGCUUUUGGCUGAUCAGAAUGAAGCGCAGAAAACACUGAACGAAGAUACUGUGAGGGCUGCUUUCCAGCCGGUGCAGAACUCUUUAAAGAAUGGUUAUUCUACCAAUUCAUUUCCUCCUCCUGUUCAUGUCAAUUCAGACCAAGGACAGUGUUCUUCUAAAACAUUUACAUUCAAGAAAUCUUGCCCGAACACCUCGACCUUGCCAGUGGAUAAUUUUCUUAGUGAGGCAGAUUUCUUUGCAGUGGAUGAAACUUUGACACAAACUGGCAGGACAAGUGUGCUCUCGACUCCUGCAACUAGCUGCAGGCAGAACAGGCCAUGUCUCCAAAGAAGCAAGCUUGAUCAUUCAGUAGGGGAGAACAAGGCUUCCUCAUCGAGUGCCAGUCAGCCCAAGUAUUCUCCAUAUGGUCAUAUCUUGAACAGAUCCUCUAAUGGAGAUGUCAGAAGUGAGGCAGGCAGACACCUGCCAGUGUCUACUGAAAGCACAGGUACUGCUCAGAAUCAGAGGCUACCCAACAUACAGGGCCAGAACUGCAGUGUUGAUGAGGAGUUGGUGCUGGAUGAUAGCUUUGAUAUUGAUAACUUUGACAUUGAUGACUUAGAUGAAGAAACAGAGUGUUUUGUCCAUUCGCCAAGUCAUCCCACCUCCAGAGUUCCAUCGCAUGCAGGUACUCUCCCCAUCCGGGAGGGAGGGUCCAGGAAGUCCUGGGAGAAGAGAACUUCAGCACAAGGCGGCAGUGAAUACUCGGCUCCUUCCUCUGCAACUGCCAGUGUCAAACCUCAAACCACGCUAUGCUCUGCAGGGUCUUCCAGUGAAAGGGGAGUCUCCAAAGACCCAGCUCUGGAACGUUUCCGUGGCUACCACUUUCCACACUCCAAAGAGAUGAUGCGGAUCUUUCACAAAAAGUUUGGGCUGCACCAGUUCCGAACCAACCAGCUGGAAGCAAUUAAUGCAGCGCUGUUGAAUGAAGACUGCUUCAUUCUGAUGCCCACUGGCGGAGGGAAGAGUCUGUGUUACCAGCUGCCAUCCUGUCUGACCCCAGGAGUCACUGUUGUGAUUUCCCCACUCAAGUCACUGAUCAUGGACCAGGUGCAGAAACUGAACCUAUUUGAUAUCCCAGCAACACACCUAACUGGGAAUAAGAGUGAUUCAGCUGCUGCUAGUACCUACAUGCAACUGUCCAAGAAGGAUCCUGUAGUGAAGCUGCUUUACUGCACUCCUGAGAAGGUUAGUGCCAGCAACCGAUUGAUCUCGGCUCUGGUAAAUUUAUACGAGAGGAAGCUUUUGGCUCGUUUUGUUAUCGAUGAGGCUCACUGCGUCAGCCAGUGGGGCCACGAUUUCCGUCCUGAUUACAAGAGGUUGAAUGAACUCCGGCAGAAGUUUCCUUCCAUCCCAAUGAUGGCCCUGACAGCUACAGCCACGCCGCGGGUGCAGAAAGAUAUCCUCAACCAGCUCAAGAUGCUGAAGCCUCAAGUGUUCACCAUGAGCUUCAACAGACACAAUCUGAAAUAUGAGGUUCUGCCAAAAAAGCCCAAGAAGAUUGCUGAAGAUUGCAUCGAAUGGAUCAAAAAGAACUACCCAUAUGAUUCUGGAAUUAUUUACUGUCUGUCUCGGCAUGAGUGUGAUACUGUGGCUGAAAAGCUGAAGAGGAAUGGGAUUGCUGGUCUGUCCUACCACGCUGGCCUGGAGGACUCCUGCAGGGAUCUGGUGCAAAACAAGUGGAUUAACCAGGAUGGCUGCCAGGUGAUUUGUGCCACAAUUGCAUUUGGUAUGGGGAUUGAUAAGCCGGAUGUUCGCUAUGUGAUCCACGCCACACUACCCAAGUCCAUGGAAGGGUAUUACCAGGAGUCAGGCCGUGCAGGAAGAGAUGGGGAAACUUCGCAUUGUGUUCUUUUCUACAGCUAUAGUGAUGUUACCAGGAUCCGGCGCAUUAUCCAGAUGGAGAAGGAUGGGAACCAGUUCACCAAGCAGACUCAUUUCAACAACUUGUACAAUAUGGUCCAUUACUGUGAGAACGUGGUGGAGUGUCGCAGGAUACAGCUGCUCGCCUACUUUGGGGAAAUUGGCUUCAACACCCAGUUCUGCAAGGAGCACCCAGAAGUAACAUGUGACAACUGUGUCCGGAAGAAAAAUUAUAGGACCAGGAAUGUGACGGAGGAAGUGAAGAGAGUUGUGCGCUUUGUUCAGGAGCAUUGCGAUACUGGCAGUGGAAGAAAGUACAGCACAGGCCAGCCUUCUAGCAGGCUCACCCUCAACAUGUUGGUCGAUAUCUUUCUCGGAUGUAAGAAUGCCAGGAUUCAGUCAGGUAUAUUCGGAGCAGGUGCUGCAUACUCCCGUCACAACGUAGAACGACUGUUUCGGAAAUUGGUGCUGGACAAAAUUCUGAGAGAAGAUUUGUACAUCACGGCCAACGAUCAAGCAAUUGCUUAUGCAACUGUAGGCGAGAAAGCACAGCAAGUUCUGAUGGGUUUCCUACAGGUGGACUUUCAGGAGACGGAUAAUGCCAGCAGCAUCAGGAAGCAGAGGAGCUCAGUGACAAAGAACGUUUCCAAACGGGAGGAGAUGGUUAAGAAGUGUCUCACUGAUCUGACUGAACUCUGCAAACGUCUGGGCAAAAUCUAUGGGGUCCAUUACUUCAACAUUUUUAACACCGCCACCAUCAAAAGAAUUGCAGAGACACUGUCGUCAGACCCUGAGGUCCUUCUGCAGAUAGACGGAGUCACUGAGGACAAACUGGACAAAUACGGAGGUGAACUUAUCGAAGUUCUCCAAAAGUACUCUGAAUGGCAGCUACCAGAAGAGGAAGCUGUGGAAGACGGUGCUUCCAGCGGCUGGAUAGACUGCCAGAGAUCUCAGGAUGAGGAGUCAGAGGAAACCUCGGUGUACUUCAACAAAAGCAAAGGUGGCUCCACGAGGAAGCGGAAAAGGGUCCCACAUUACAAGAGGGCAAAGAAACGGAAAACUGGAUGCAACAGCCAGCUACCUUCAAAAAGCUCCAACACAAAGUUUCCAACAACUUCCAAGCAUUUCAGCCACGGAUCAGGCACAGGUGCCAGGCGGCCAGGGGUAAUGCCACUGCCAGUUCCUCGUGGCAGCACCAACCAACGACCCUUCCUCAAGCCUUCGUACUCUUUAAGCUGACCGUUGGUUUUUGCCUGGCUGUGUGCAAUCCUUGAUAUUUCUGUGAAAUGAUCAGACGGAUGGUGCUAGGACCAGAUUUACAAGGAAAAUGAAAUCCAAAACAUUUUCUUGCUUGUUCAAGUUCCAGGUCUACCACAGUUGGACAAGAGCUGCUGAAUUAAACUGCUAUUCUGUUGAAUCCAAUCCACCUCAUCUGACUAAAGACAUUCUGGCUCUCCUGUCUGGCAGCUUGAGGCAGUAGCCUGAGUUAUGCUGCCACUAGCAAUGAUCAGCAGGCUGUGAAGAUGCAGCAUUUAACCAAUUAAGGUGCAUUGUACCUGAAGAAUGUUUUGUUUUGAGACCGGGGUGGAAUUCCUGCAGUGAAAUCUUGUGUUGUGUUCACUUAAUGCCCGGUCCUCAAAGUUUCUAUAUUUAACCGGCCAGUUCCUCAGACUAACUGUGGAAUUGCAAUGUUGGUUAAAUUUAAAAUUCUGAGAUGUUUGCUGCUUUUAAACUCGCCUAAAGACUGUAUUCCUCAUGAUAUGUAAAUUAAAUCCAAUUUAUAUUUUAAUUCUUGAAGCCUAGUUACCAAGUUUGGAAAUUGUAUUUAUGCUAUGAAGCUCAGUGGAAUCAGUAAUUUAUUUUUGCCUUCCCCUUGUUAUUCAUCCUGAAUAUUCUGUUGCCUCACUCACUUAAAUAGUGUCAGAGUUUCCAUUUUGAGACUCAGACGGGAAAAAGUAUCUGUUAGGUUUUUGAUCCCAUUUUGCCGUCCUCCUCCUGCCUCAUCCCAUCCCUCUACCUCAUCCCCUGCUCACCUUCCCCAGACAGCUCAUCUUCAAUUAAAUUGAGGAAGUCUGUCACUGCUGCAGUGCUCUACCAGUCUAGAUGGAUACAUAUAUUGUGCAACAAAUGUAAUUUUCUUCAAUUUUCUCUGAAUUUUGUUUAGAGGAGGUCCCCUGGACCCUUGCUUUCUUUGCAUAAUAUUGCUGGUAUUAGUCCAAAAGUGUACAACCUAAUGCCGUAUUUAAUGGGAUCAAACUGUACAUUGAUUAUGCACAGGAUUUUAAAAGAAUAAUUUCAACUGCAAAAUAAAAGGAUCCUGGACUGUAUAGUAUAUUCUGAAGAACAAGGAUAUUCUUUGGGCUCACUUAAGGUCUAUUUCUAGCUGUAGCAGCUUAUUUGUGCAACCCCAAUCUGUCAAUCGAGUUUAUCUCCACAAGUUUGAGUUUCAUUCACUGUGAGGUCCAAAGGUCACAAAAUGGAUCUUUCCAGCUGAAUUUUUGCAUUUCAUGUACUCAAAACUGGGGUUUCAGUUUUAACAUUAGUCUAAUGGUAAAUGCGAAGAAUUAGAUAGCACUUACAUGAAUUGUUAUAGAAAGUGCAUGAUCCAAUAAAGGAUUAGAAAUUUUA